CUAAAUAGCUUACUUUCAUAAAAAACUGAAAUAAUAGUUGUAAAUUUUAGACAAAAGAGCCAUAUAGACAAAGACAAACAAAACAUGUGAGGAAUGCACUUCAGUAAUCUUCUCAUGCACCGCUUUCUCACACAAGGCAGUUGAAUUGUGUUGGAGAUCAUGGUUUUCACAUUCAUUAUUUUUAAACAAAUUAUUUUUCAAGAUCAUUGCAAAACAGUCAAACGGACCCGCUGAUGAUUUUCUUGCAUGAACGGUUGCUAUUUCAACAUUAUUGCACAACACAAAAGAUGGGUUCAUACUGAUAAAGGCUGGGUUGAAAAAGCUGUUGAUGAUCUAAAUAAAGGGCUCAGCAACUGAAGAACCAGUGAUCUGAACAUCUCAUGACACCAACAGUGAGUUACUCUUAUUCUUCAGCAUUUACUGGACAGAUAAUGAAUAUGAAGGUGUUUGUUGUGGCUCUGCUCUCUGUUUUCAUGGCGUCUGUUGUUUGUGGAUCCAAACCAUUUGACUGCUCUGCUGUCUAUAAAUCAGGACAAACAGUCAGUGGGAUUUACUCCAUCUAUCCAGCAGGAGACAUUCCUGUCUGGGUUUACUGUGAGAUGAUCUCAGGUGGGAAAGAUGAAGACAACGGAGCAUGGACGGUGAUUCAGAGGAGAAUGGAUGGUAGUGUGAAUUUCUAUCAGCCGUGGAAACAGUACAAGACUGGAUUCGGAACCACAGAGGGCGAAUACUGGCUGGGGCUGGAGAACAUGUACCAGCUGACACGUAAGAACAAGUACAUGCUGAGAGUGGAUCUGGAGGACUUCACCGGAAGGAAAGGUUUUGCUCUGUACUCGUCCUUCUCUGUGGGUCCUGAAGCUGAUGGAUAUAAACUACAAGUUUCAGGGUUCAAGGAUGGAGGAGCAGGCGACUCAUUGACGGACCACAAUGGUCAGAUGUUCACCACCUUUGACAACGACCAAGAUGUCUAUGGAGAAAACUGUGCUAAAGAGUUUUUGGGAGCAUUUUGGUACAAAUUUUGUCACACUGCGAACCCCAAUGGCGUGUACUUAUGGGGAGAUGACGACACUCAUUUCGGCAUUGGAGUUGUUUGGUCAACCUGGAAAAACAGUGUCACUGUCAGCAUGAAAUCCAUCAGCAUGAAGAUCAAACCAGUGUCUUAGAAACAGUGUGUUCAAACAUCUGAUAUUUUAAGAUAUUGCUUUUACAUCUUAACUGAGCAAACCAAUAAUCUUCUCUUUCUUUUGGUCAGCUCUUUGCAUUUAUAAAUAAAAUGAGUCAACACUUGAA